AAAUAUGGCGCAGCCAUGACUGAAAUCCUGAAAUAUUAAUUUAGAAUCUAAUGAUCUAAUCUAGAUCUAGAUACAUUCUAGAUAUCUAGAUAGAGCCUAGUUAUCGAUCUCUAUUUCAAAUGUCAAGAUGUAGACUCUAGAUUGUUUCUGUAGAUCUAGAAGAUAGAUUUAGUCGACUUACUCAAACUUACUGUCACUUAGUCGACUUAGACUUAGACUUAGUUCACUUAGACUUAGACUAAGUUAGAGAUCGUUAGCAACUUAGUGACGUUGUUAGACGGUUAGAAUAUCUUCUUACUGAGACUUAGACGACUUAGUCUUAGAAUAGAAUAUCUAGAAAAGUAGAAUCUAGUCUAGAUCUAGAAUUGAAUAGAUCUGAACGACUGGAAGUUUAGAUAAAGACUAAACUUGUCUUCUUUAGUUUUUUUUUUUUUCUCUUUCUCUUUUUGAUUUUUGUAACUUUAGUCUAAAGUUUAGACUUUAGGCUACUUUAGCUAAGUCAGUCCAUCUCACUGUGACUGUCUCAGGACUAGGACUGCAGGAGUAGGAGUAAAGCCUAAAUGAGUGGAGAGAGAAUGAAUAAUAAAGGCAAUAAAGCAGAUCUCCACUCAGAAGUGGCCGUCAAGCAAGCAAUGACAGAAAAGCUGGAACAUCCUUUGUGCACUUUCCUUAACACUUCAAUGUUACAGAUAAAAGAUCUGCUAUCAGAAGUGGCCAACAAGCAGGCAAUGACAGAAAAGCUGGAACAACCUUUGGGGACUUUCUCUAGAACUUCUACAUUACAUUUAACAAAUCUCCAAUCAGAAGUGGCCAACAAGCAGGCAAUGACAGAAAAACUGGAACAGCCUCUGGGCACUUUCCCUGGAACUUCCAUGUUACAUAUAACAGAUCUCCACUCAGAAGUGGCCAAUAAGCAGGCAAUGACAGAAAAGCUGGAACAGCCUUUGGGGUCUUUCUCUAGAACAUCUACAUUACAUUUAAGAAAUCUCCAUUCAGAAGUGACCAACAAGCAGGCAAUGACAGAAAAGCUGGAACAGCCUUUGGGGUCUUUCUCUAGAACUUCUACAUUACAUUUAAGAAAUCUCCAUUCAGAAGUGACCAACAAGCAGGCAAUGACAGAAAAGCUGGAACAACCUUUGGGGUCUUUCUCUAGAACUUCUACAUUACAUUUAACAAAUCUCCAAUCAGAAGUGGCCAAUAAGCAGGCAAUGACAGAAAAACUGGAACAGCCUUUGGGCACUUUCCCUGGAACUUCCAUGUUACAUAUAACAGAUCACAAAUCUGAAGUGGCCAAUAAGCAGGCAAUGACAGAAAAGCUGGAACAGCCUUUGGGCACUUUCCCUAGAACUUCCAUGUUACAAAUAACAGACCUCCAAUCUGAAUUGGCCAACAAGCAGCAGAUUGCACAGAAUAUAGUACAGCCUCUGAUGUUGUGUACAUUAAAUCAAAAAAUGUUUCUUCUUAGAUGUGAUCAAGGUAUGCAGACAGACUUUGCCCCACCACUACCUAUACCAAAGCUACCAAUAAAAGACUUAGAGAUAAAAAGUUCCAAUGAAAAGACCAAGUUGAACAACACAGAGAAAAUUGAACGAAAAAGAAGUUCCAACAGAAGGGCCUCAUUGAAACAGAGAAUCAAAUUCAAGCAACUCAAUGAUGAAAGGGAAAAGGAGUUGAAUGAUCUCAUAAAGCACAAUGAUUUUCUGAAAGAAAUGAUAGUUUCUCAAACUCAUGACAAAGAGACUCUGAUCAAGAUGCUGUUUGAUAAAGGACUUACUAAGCAAGACAUAGCACAAGCUCUUGAAGGAUUCCAGAUUGAAAUGCCAGAGCAAAUGAUUUUGCUUAGUAGUUGCAAUGAAGGGGAAGAAUAUGUCCAGGAAGAGUUCAUAUCACAGCCAAGGUUGGAAACCCUAACACCAUGUCCUCGUCCAUUAACAAAAGAGGAAAAAAUUGAAGAAAAGAAGAGACGGAACAGGGUGGCUGAUAGAGCAAGAUACAGAAGGAAACGUAUGCAACACCCUAAGAAUAGUGAAAAGUUAGAAACCCCGUCAACAUGUUCUCCACUAUUAACAGAAGAAGAAAUAUAUGAACAAAGUAAGAGAUUGAACAGGGAGGCAGCGACAAAAACAAAACAAUUAACAGAAGAAGAAAAAAUUGAAAGAAGGAAGAAGUGGAACAGGGCAGCCUCCACAAGAUACAAAAAGAAAAAAGAAUAUCUUCUUAAAAGAGUAAAGCUUAGAGCCCGAAAAACUGCUGCACAAAGGAAGAGUCUGAAUAUGGAGAUUGUGGUAAAACUCAGAAGGAAAAUACUGCUACAAGAUGCUAAACGCCAAAAGGAGUUGAAAAAUCUCAUCGAACUCAAUGAGUUUCUGAAAGAAGAGAUAACAUUACAUAAUAAUGACAAAGAAGCUCUGAUGAUAGCAUUGCUUGGUAUAGGACUUACUGACAUAGAAAUAGAGCAAGCUCUUCAAGCUGCGCAUUCUCAGUUUGUAUCGCCUUUGAUAAUUGACACUUUAAAGCAAAAGAUAUUGCUAAUAAAGGACAAUCCAGCAGAAGUGACCUCAAAUCCUGAGCCACCGCUAGUAACCCCGCCAUCAUGUGUUCAUCAAUCAGCAGAAGAAACAAUUGAACGAAGGAAGAGAUUGAACAGAGUGCACAUAGCUAGACACUUGAGGAAACAAAGACUACAACGUAGGAAAAAUGAAAAGUUAGUUUUUCCUAGUUUAUGGUUUCGACCAACAACAGAACAAGACAGAUUGAGAAUGACACUAAGGAGGAAGUGGAACAGGGAGGCAGCGGCCAGACACAGAAGGAAAAAAAAACAAGAACUUAUUGAACUAGAAAAGGAGUGGAAAAAUCUUAUCAAGCACAAUGGUUUCCUUAAAGAAAAGAUACUUUCACAAAACCGUAACAAAGAAGCUCUCAUAAAGAUGAUGAUUGACCGAGGAUUUACCGAGCUAGAUAUAGAACAAGCUCUUCAAGCGACGCAAAUCCAGUGCCAUAUGUCAGAGCCAUUUCUUGGUAGUCAUGAUCAAGAUAACCAGAAAGUGCAAGCAGAAUUUACAUCAGAGCCAGAACCAAUACUAACAGAAGUAAAAUUAGAGGAAAAUGAACAAAUGAUGAAUCUGAAUGAGGACAGCAUGCUACAGAUAUGGGAACAAAAUCCAAGUGAUAUAAAACUAGAGGUUUUAAAUACAGAUCUAGAUCCAGACACAACCCAAAAAGAAAUGAGAUUGAUGGCAAUGGAUUCAAAGUUAGAAUCCCCAACAUCUUGUGUUCUGCAAUUAACAGAAGAAGAAAAAGGACAAAUUGAACCAAGGAGGAGAGUGAGCAGGAAGUUCAAAGCAAGACAGAGGACAAACCUAAGGGUACAACUUAUACAAAGAAAAAAGUUAGUUUUCCCUAGUUUAUGGUUUCGACCAACAACAGAAAAAGACAGAUUGAGAAUGACACUAAGGAGGAAGUGGAACAGGGAGGCAGCGGCCAGACACAGAAGGAAAAAAAAACAAGAACUUAUUGAACUAGAAAAGGAGUUGAAUGAUCUCAUCAAAUGUAAUAAUUCUCUGAAAGUGAAGAUAAUGUUGCAAGCUGGUAACAAAGAAGCUCUAAUCAAUAUGAUGCUUGAUAUAGGACUUACUAAACUAGAGAUAGAGGAUGCUCUUCAAGGGACUCAACACCAGCAAGAGAUGUUCUUCAAAAGCUCAGCUUUGUAGCUUUAUCUUUUGAUAUAGAUGAUGAGAUUGUCUGCGCUGUGACAUUAUAUGCCAGUUAGAUAAGUUUAGUUAAUCAAAACCAUUUCACAACUGUACAUAACUAUAGUAAAACAAAACUUUAUUAUCAUAAAAAUUUGGCAUCAUUUUUCGUUUGUGCAUUUUUCUCCCAAUUUUAUGUGAUUUUGCUUUCCAUUCAUAUUUUCUAUGUUUAAACAGAAAACUUUGCCACUUGAAUGACAGUUUUUAAUUAUUAUUUUUUUAAAUAGCAGCUGUUAACUUGAUCAGACGCUCAUGUGAUCUAAGAUGAAGUAAAAAUGUAUCCAUACUGUUAGAGCAACGGGAAAAAUGUCUUUCUAGGUUUUUUUGUGUUGUUUUUUUUUUAAUUGUAUCUAACUAUUAAAUUUAUUGUUUUUAAAUAUACUUUUAUCUUUCAAUAUUUGUGUGAAAAGAUGAAGCCAUUAACAAAGUUGUAUUAUGUAGGCAAUAUUGUGGUGUGCUGAUUUGUGAGAUAUUACUGCAGUCAAAGUUUUCUGUGCCAGCAUGAUUCAUACUAAGACCAUACUCAGAAUCCAAAACAUUACUAGAAUGUUUUGUAUUCAAGAAAACAAGGAGAAUAUAGGCAUUUAUUAUGGACAUUGUUCUAUGUACACUAUUGUAGAAGCUUUUAGGAGCCUUAGGUCUUAGAGCCAUACUUAAGAGUGGUGAGACCCACUGCCUUACAGACAUUGAUUUGAAUUAGUAGAUAGAGAGACCUUUUCUGCUAAACUCUUAUUUUGCUACAAUCAAAAGCACUGCUGGCCUUAGCUAUUUCUCUAGACAGUUGUUGGAUAUUGUGCUGCCCAAACACACAAAAUAGUCUAACAUUAAAAGGGAGGUGGAAAAAGAUUCAUGUCACAACUCGGUUUGUGUAGUUUGUGAAGCACUGCACUCAUCCUUAAUCUUUGAAUUAUGUUUAGCAGAAGAUAACUUCCAUUUUUUUUCUUAGUUUGAUAGGCAAACUCAAAUGAGGCAAGUCUCUGCAUAUUGGUUGAUAGCAAGAUGAAACUCCUGCUAGUGUAGGGAUAAAGGACACAACUAUAUCCCAUGGAAAUGUUCUGAAACAAUCAUCUCUUUGUUAUAGUAUAGAAGAGUUGGCACCAUAAGUUUAAUAUAUUGCCAUUAAUGACUUAGAUAGAGUACAAUCUUUACAAAAGGCCUGAACACUGACCUGGGACAUCACAACCUGUGGGCAGUAGUUCGUUGCCCGCAGGAUGUUUCUGUUCUUAAAAUAGCAUACUAUUUUCAUCUUCUUCAGUAAUUACAUGCUUUUACACUCUAUGGUAUCCCAAUUUUUUCCUUGGAACAUUUUAUGUUUUUGCGAUAGAAUUUUACAGGAUGUAUCAAAAAAUCUGACCACUACCUACAUUAAUCAUGUAAAGUUACUUAAAGCAACAAAUUAUUUCUGUUUAAUAAGGACACUGUCACUAUUAAGCCUCAAGGAGUAAAUGAAAUGAAUGGAAGUCAAGUAUUAUACAAUCUAUAUCUAGCCAACAAUGCGUAAGGUCCAUGCAAUAUGUGUUCUAUUUGUACAGUGGCAAGAGCAGAAGACAACAUUAUGUUCUAGUGCUGCCCUUCUAUAGCUUGUAAAUAUCUCUCAGACUCAUUGUUUCUGCUUUCAGUUUGUUUUUUUAAAUGUAUACAAAAAUGCUGGUUUCAUUUACAUCACUAUUGUAUACACAUUUUUCAUCCACUCUCAAAUAUUAUUAUUAUUAUGUUUCUGUUCUAAAUAUGCACAUUUUAAAUAUUUUUUUUUUAAUAAUCAGAAAUCUGAAUGUAUUGAAUCAAUGCUAGUACUAACAGACUAGGGAGAAAAAAAACUAGAAAAUGUGAAAUAAUAAACUUAUUCAUUUCCAGAAUAAAGAAAAUACAGAAAUACAGUAAUUUGUUUUGUGAUUACAAGGACUCUUGUGUAGCUAAUAAAACAUUCUUUCAGAGCCCCCCCAGUAGGAAUAUGAGGACAAAUCAUGCCAUGUGUUAACUAAAGAUCUAAAUCUAAUGUUGUCAUAGCUAUUGUAUAGAGACAAAAAAUUACUCUUGUGAAUCUAAAAUACAUUUUUUUUAUUUAUUGGGAAUUAAAAAAAAAAGCUAAUUAUAAUCUUAAAAAAAAUAAUUCUGCUGAAUUUAAUAUUAUUAGGAAAUCAGAUCCCCAUGCUUAUUUCAACUAUCCAUUAUUUAGAUCUAAAUUAGCCUUACAUCUUCCCAAAGUUUAUCCUGGCUUCUAAUGUACUUUUGUUUUAAAUUUUAUUCUCUAUCCAACUUGGUGUGCAGAGGAAUGGAAUGUAUCGAAUCCUGAGAUCCCUGUAGCUAUAAUGACGAUGAAGAGAGAAGCAUAUUAGUAAAUAUUAACCCCAAACAAAAUGGAUAUUUGUAUUUGUGAAGGCAAAGUAUUUUCAUCAAUUUGUCAAUGUUUUCAAUAAUGAAUAAUUACAAUGUAUAUAAAUAUGUGUUUGAGCCCACCCCCUUCCUCCAAAAAAUAAUUUUCUUUAAUAUUAAUGAUUUCUUUUUUGUAAAUUCUAUAAUGACUAAUAAUUGUGUGCAAUCACUGUCAUAUUGUAAGAAAUGGUGGAUCAGGUUCACUUAUAUGGAUACUAUGGUAAAAAUGUUAUUUAAGUUUGCAUGUGCUCUGUAUAGAAAUGUUCCAGUUAUUUGAUGUAGUAUAUUCUUGUUAAUAAUGUCAUGUAUUGGUUUUAAGUUUUUGAGUUAUUGAUAUUGUCUACAAAAUUAUUAAUUUUGUUGUUUUUUUCUUGAUGUCAGUGCCAUUUCUCUUGAUGUCAGUGCCAUUUCUCUUGAUGUCAGUGCCAUUUCUCUUGCUGUCAGUGCCAUUUCUCUUGCUGUCAGUGCCAUUUCUCUUGAUGUCAGUGCCAUUUCUCUUGAUACUUUUACUGUUAAGAUUAUUUUUGACUAGGGCCAAAAGUUUGAUCAACUCAUUUUUUUUUUCCAAAUCAUGGUCAUAAAUGAUAGUCCUAACAUCUAAGGAGCUCUAAAAUUGAGAGAGAGAGGGACUUUUGACGCAUCAGCAACCUUUAUCUGAGGCCUGAGAAUGUGCCCUUAGAUCUUUACAUCUCAGGACAGAAGGAGCUGUAUCUAUUGAUACACUAUGAGUGUAUAAUACAUCUCAGGACAGAAGUAGCUGUAUCUAUUGAUACACUAUGAGUGUAUAAUACAUCUCAGGACAGAAGGAGCUGUAUCUAUUGAUACACUAUGAGUGUAUAAUGCAUCUCAGGACAGAAGGAGCUGUAUCUAUUGAUACACUAUGAGUGUAUAAUGCAUCUCUUACACUGCUGACUAGAAGAUUUCAUUGGAGAGAUUUUUCAAGCAACUGGUCAAUUAUUUUUCUUCUUUAAGUUUCCCUAAAGGGUAUCACUGCUUUAUUGUUUAGUCGCGUGUUAAUUAGAGAGAAAGAUUUAGUUGAACGAUGUACAAGAAUAUUCCUAUAACGUUAAUGACUUCAGUUCUUAAACAUAUAUAGUGGAAUGUUGUUUUUUUCAACCAUUUAUAUAGUACAUAUAUGCUGGUACAUUGAAAUGCAAAUAAAUUAUUUUUAAAAUAUA